AUGAACGAGCAAGCAGCAAUGAUGAAUCCACAACAGCAGCAGCAGCAAAUGAUGAACGCGAAUCAAAAUCCGAUGAUUAGUAUGAGUCAAAUGAAUCAGCCGCAGCAACAGAUGAUGAAUCGGAGUUACGGGAUGUGGGCCCCGCCUAUGCAGCCACAACUGCAAUUCCAAAACCCCAACCCUAACCCUAAAGGUCUUUCCGGCAUGAAACAGCCGUCAUUACCUUUUGGCAAGUCAUCUAAGCCGUUGGGCCCAAGGAAUAACUGGAAGGGGAAAAAUGUGAAGAAUGAUAAGCGGAGGAUGGAGCAGCAGAAAGUCCUAAUGGCUGGCUCUAGCACUGGGGCGCCUGCAGGUGGUGUUAAUAUCAGUGGGAAUUUGAAUUUUAAUAAUUAUAACCCGCCCACUGUGAAUGAGUUGCAGCAUCAGAAUCGAUUGAAGACGCGAAAAUUCUUUUCAAAAAAGAAGUUCAACAAGAAUAGCAUGAAUACAAAUAUGGGUAAUAAUAAGAACAAUAGUAGGUCUGCUCCGUUUGCACCUAGAAACACUAGUUCCUAUAUAAUUAGGGCAAAGAAGAGUGGUGGGAUUGCUUCUUUGGUUUCUCCGUGCCCUGUGACACCUGCAGUUCUGCCUACCCCGAUUUUCUCCCCAUCAAGGGAGGUUUUCGUGGAUAUGGCCAAGGAAGAGUGGGGUGUUGAUGGGUAUGGAUCAAUGAAAGGGUUGAUUAGAUUGAGAUCACCUGGUCAAGAAUUGGAUGCUCAUGAGGAUGAGGACGAAGAUGAUGGAGGUUCUAGCGAGAGUGAUGUGGAGGAGCAUAUUGAGAUGGAAAGGAGGUUGGACCAUGACUUGAGCCGGUUUGAGAUGAUUUAUAAUCCGAACGGCAUGAAUGUUGGUGGGAUGGAGUACCACAAUGUGUUGGAGAAUCGAGUUGAUGAUCAGGACACACAUAUUGCACACUUGGAGGAGGAGAAUCUGAUUCUGAAGGAGAGGUUGUUUCUGAUGGAGAGAGAGUUUGCGGAAUUGAGGAGGAGGUUGCAGGGUCUUGAGAGGAUAAGGGGUAUUGGAGAACGUGAGGACAUCAACGAGGAGGUUGUGGAGAAUGAAUCUGAGAAUGAGAGUGUGAGUCGUGGGGAGGAAACUCAUUCGACGGAAGAGAACAAUGACGAUUUGGGUGAAGAAAAUGUUGUAGAGGAUGGGGAUUUCAAUGGGAAAGAUGUGGAUAAUCGUUGUAGUGUGGGUAUAGAAGCAGAAGCUAUGAAUGAUCAAAAUGUUCUAUUAGACAUUGUAGUGAAAGUAGAGAAUAAUGAUGAUGGGUUUAUUGAUGCUGAUAACAAUGAGGAGAACAUCGAAAAUGGUAAUGGGAAAGAGGAUAAAAACGGUGAUGAGUUUGCUGAAGCAAGUAAAACUGAGGAGAACAUUUUAAGUGUUGAAGAAAAAGAAGAGAAUGAUAUUGAGAAGAACAAGUAUGUGCAUGAGGAGGUGAAGGCUGAGAAUAAUGUUAUUGAUGCAUCUGAGCAUAAGACAGUAGUAUUAGAUGUUUGUAUGGAAGAGGUUGGACGUGUAGAGGAUAAAGCAAUUUCGGAGUAG